AUGGCCGCGUCGUGGAUCAUCUACUCUUACAUUGCAUGUUCAGCUUUCAUUCUUGUGUUCAGCACGUGCCCGUCAGGCUGGAUUGAGAACGAUCAGGAAUGUUUUUGGUUCGGAUCACAAAAGAAGAACUGGAAUGAUGCGGAGGCUGAUUGCAGAAAACACAAUAGUUACCUGACUUCAGAUGACAACCAAGAUAAGCAUGAUUUCCUGUUUACAUAUCUAAAUAUCUUUCAUUCAUGGAGGUUGGGUCAUUUCUGGUUAGGCGGAAAUGACUUGGCAAUAGAAAACCAUUGGCGUUGGUUCGAGUCAGGUUCGCCUUUAGGUUCUGCGACUUUCUGGGAUCAAGGUCAACCAGACGGAAACAACUCUGCUAACUGUAUGUCUUUUUAUAUGAACGCUGACAAUGAACUUGUUUGGAGGGACGACAGAUGCACCAGCCACUACAACUACGUUUGCGAGCAACCGGCAACAGGUUCCACCCCUCUUCCAGUAGUAGGGUAA